GUCGUUCAAAUGGUGGUCCAAGCGCGGAAGCUGCUUCUUAACGCUGAACUUUUAAACCAUUUCAAAAACAUAUUUAGACCUUAAGAUAAAAAAACAAGGAACUGAACCAGAAACCCGCCAUGCAUCUGCUUUAACUUGGUAGUUUGAACACUCCUGCGGUUGUACGUUUAGUGUUUCUUUGUCUUCAUAGCAGCGAGUGGUUUCUCCUGACGACCUGCAGAAAGUUUGACCAUGGAAAAGCAGGAGCAGGCCGAGUGGGAUUGUGUGAAUAAACGGUUGAAGAAUCAUGGAUUCAAACCGGUGUUCUUUGCCGAUCCAGUUGAGAAUAAAAAUAUUUCAGACUUGGUUCUGCUGGACAAGAGGACUGCUGCAGAGGUCCGGGUCAUGAUGAAGACCAUGCUGGGGGAUUCCGACAGGAGGCAGGCCCUGAUCCAGGAGCUCGUUCAGUCAAACAACCAGCUCAAAGACGAAGCGCAGCAGCUUAUGGGUCAGGCCGGCCUCCACUCCCGGUGCACCACUGAGAUGGAGGGGUUGCUGGAGGGGGUCAGGGGUCAGGUCCAGGACCUGGAGGACCGCUGCCUGGCCCAGGCGGUCCAGCAGCGUGACCACGCCUACCGACUGCAGCAAGACAAGCUGAUGGCCCAGCGCCUGGCGGUGGCUCUGCAGCUGCAGCUGACCAAUGAGAGCACGGCGCGGGGCGAGCUCCAGAGGAAGCUGUGCUUCGCGGUGCGGGAGGAGGAGAGGCGGGUGGCGCGGCAAACGGACGCCUUCCAGCGGAUCCACGCCAGCGCCCUGGCCCAGCAAGACACCCCCGCGGACCAGCGGGUGCUGGAUGUGAUCGACUUCUACGAGACCCAGAUCGCCCAGGUGCAGGACGAUAUGUCCAGCCGAGAUCUUCUGGGAAUCGGCUUCAGAACCCUCAACGGCGGUCCAGAAGAUUCUCAGGGAUCCAACUGGUCCGCUGGUGUUGAUGUCACUUCCUCCUUUAAGGCUGAGCUAAAGUCUUCUCAGGCCCAGUUGGAGGAGACUAAAGUCCAGAGAGAAGAGCUGAAGGCAGAAGUUCAGAGACUCAAGAAGGAGCUGGAGACCAGGCCGCCCACCAGUGGGGCUUCUACUGGAAACCCUUCCGAUGCAGCAGCACCACCAGGCCAGGUGUCCCAGGAAGGGGUUUUGUGUGGGCAGUACCAAAGGUUGCUGAUCGAGCUCGAGGCCAUUCUGACGGGGGCCCGGGCCCCAGUGACGCUCCUGAGGCAAAGAGCGGGCCUCGGCCAAUUGGAGCCCCAAGAGUUUGGCUGGCUACGCCCCACCCUGGAGGCCUGGGCCAAUCAGCUGGCCAUGCUGAAGGAGCUGCACGUCGGCCUGAUGAGGCUCUCCCAGCGCUUGAUGCCCUGGCUGCCAGCGGGUGACCAUGACGACAGGCGGGGAGGUGUUGCCAUGGAGACGGUGUGGGUGGAGGAUCUGAUGCUGCUUGUGGACACGCUGCUGGUCGACAAGGCGACAGAGGAUGAAAACGAUCUGAGCAGCCCCACUCGCCACAGCCUGCAGUGCAUGGUGGGCCACUUCCAGAAGCUGUUCGACGUGGGCUCCCUGCGCGGCGUGUACCCCCGCAUGAACGACCUGUACCGCAGGCUGGCCGAGACGGCUAACGCCAUGACUCACAUACGGGACCUUCUGGGACUAGACAACAAGGCCCCCCCCAGUGAGGUGGUGAACCAGGUGGCCACCAUCUCGUCCUCACCCAUGGUGCAGUUCCACCACCUUCUGGCAGAGGGCGACCUUACGAGUAUUAUUGUCAAGGUGAAGGAGCAUGAGGAAUUCUUCCCGGCGUUUCGCUCUCUGGCGACGCAACUGAUGCUAACUCUGGAGGUCGACUGUCUGGACGGCAUUCUACCGGCCCUGACUUCUUUGAAACUGAAGUCGCAGUGAUUAUUUUUAUCUUUUUGCAAUUUGAAAUUUGUUUGUUCAUUUUGCAAAUUAUAUUGCUUGUUUCUGCUAAAAUAAAAUUAGAAUGCAUUUACGUCAAUGUGACUUUUGUUCACCUACUCAUCUAAUUGUCUCGUCAUAAACAGCCUGCAAUUUGUUGGGUACAAACUUGCUAGCACUUGGAUAUCAUGUAAUUUAUCCUGACUUUAACCACACCAAACUCUGAAAUAGAAACAAAAAACUAACACCUUCAAUUGCCGAAAGCAAAGGGCCCGAAGUAAUGUACAUAAUGUAUAAAAAACAUCCGACAUAAGCAGGACUUCAACCCUGGUCUCAAGCAGAUGAACCAGUAGGUCUUACCCCUGGACCAUUAGCAUUCACUGUCACUUGACAAAAGAAAACAUCUAAUAUGCGAUUGUGUGGCUAGAUCAAGCCAACUGUGACCCAAUAAAAAGGGAGAACUGACUAAAUUCAAUCUACCUUGUCUACCUUGAUUCAUAUUUGGGAACAUUUAAUUGUGUAACAUUUUAAUAAUUCACCCAAGCAGUGGAAUACCACCAAUAACAUCUCAAAAAGCAGUUUAGCAACAAUACAACUAAUUAGUAUAUUAGGAUUAAGGAUUUUUGAAGCAACACUGUCCCCUCUUUGCAAACCACAAAGGCUUUUCCUCACAGGUUUAAACAUUGAAGUCUUCCAUUACUUAAAAUAGUUAAGUAAUACAAUAAACCCAGACCUAAAUAAAUGCAUUUGUUUUGGAAUCAACAGCCCUGUUAACGAAUUAACACUUUUUUUACAGAAAAUUAUGACCCGAUUUUGUAACAAUGACUACCAGUGUCAUGGUGAAAAAAUUUAUAGCGACAGUUCGUCUCUUUUACAGACAUAUACGUCACUUACUUGACACAAUUCGGAAGCAACAACAGAGUUGAGGGCUGACGGAAAAACGCAAACAUGUUUUUUCAUUUAACAAAAUUGAGCUUUUUUUGUUUCAGUUUUAAUGGGGCUAGUUGUGUGCGCUGUGCUUCCAGACGAUGCGUCCAUCUGGGCCGAGGCAGACGGCCCCGCUGGCCACCAGCUCCAUGGCGAUGGGGAAGGCCUUGUGCUCCGCCUGGCGGAUCCUCUCGGAUAGGGUGUCCUCUGUGUCCGACGCCUCCACCGGCACCGCCUCCUGUGCGAUGAUGGCGCCGGAGUCCACCUCCUCCUGGGGGAGGGGGGCGGAGCAACAGGGACGUAGGGUUAUAAAAUGGUGACGGGUUAAACACAUAAGGCGCAGCACUUUCAUUUUACGGUCGUUUUGAAAUAUUGUUAGGCCAAAAAAACAUAAGGGGUACCACGCUGACACACUGUCAUUUUGCGAUUAUAGAGUAAAACAUGAGGGUAAUAACUGUAUAUUUUGUCGUUAUAGAAUAAAGCGUUCUGUUAUUUUCGUAGCUAUAGAAUACUGUUUUUUUGCCGUUCUAAAUAUUGCCGGGUUAAAAAAACAAGGGUGAAACACUUUUUUAUGGGUGUGUUUGGCAUUGCACCUUUCCUCUAAUGACAGUGGGUACUUACGGCCACAAAGUGCACCGUGCAGCCGCUGAUCCGCGCCCCCGCCUGCAGGGCCUGGUUCUGGGCGUUGACGCCCUUGAAGGACGGCAGCAGGGACGGGUGGAUGUUCAGGAGUUUGCCUGUAGGGAAACACACAGGGCAUUUAACAUUAAGCAUUUACCCUCAAGUUUUGUUGACAAACAUUUAAAAAUGUUACAUUUAGGCCACUUACCAGACGCUUUAGUUCUAAAGCUACUUACAACAAGUCGCUUUAGAACUUUGUGUUUCCACAAACACAUUCACACACCACUUGCAGAGUCAACCACGCAAGGCGACAGCCAGCUCGUCAGGAGCAAUUAGGAUUAGGUGCAUUGCUCAUUAACAAAAAUGCACACCGUUCCAUUUCUUGACGAAGGGCCCGGUGAGGAUCCUCAUGAAGCCCGCCAGACACACCGCCUCCACCUGAAACUCCUCCAGCACGCGGUCGAUGGUGGCGUCAAACUCCGCCCGGCUGCCGUACAGCUUGUGGUCCACCACCUGGUACCCAUGGAAGAAAAAUCAAGCAAACGUUAUAAAGAUUAGUGUCGCUGCCAUCUAGAGGAUAGAAAAUCCAACGGGAUUAACGAUUGUUUAUUGUUUAAAAGGAUCCCCAUUAGCUGUCAUCAAAGUGGGACGAGCUAGUCUUCCUGGAGUCCACACAUAAAGACACAAAACAUAUCAAGAUACAAAUCAUAAUUCAGGUAACAAUGAUAAUCUAAAAGAAGUAAAUCAUUAUAAACAUCAUGAACAAUAUAUUCCGAUAAAGUUAUUACAUUCAUGGGUAUUGCAUUCAUACAGUAGGUAUGUCCAUUCCCUACACACAAUUUUACACACCAUUUGCAUUCUCAAAUGGUGCUUGAAAGUGACUUUGCUAUUACAUUUCCGUAUAUUCAGUGGGCAAUUAUUCCAAUGAUUGAUGGCACGAUAAAUAACUUCUCUUUAAAGCAAUUGAUUUUGGACUUGGUAAUAUCAUCUGGCCAUCAUCGGCUAGUAAAAUGAGAAUGAAACCUGACUGCAUCUAACAAUUUGGUUACAUAAAAAACCUGACAUUUUUGUUGUAUUGAAAACCAGCCUGUUCUCUAUAGUGUUUGUGCGAUCAUGAGCUCAUGAAAGAACGAAGGAGGUGAAAAUCUUGAGGAAGUGGGAGUAAAGGAAAGGGUAAAAUUAUGGAACUUUUCUUUUUUUCAAACCAGGUCCAGUUAAAUUUCUUAACGUUUUUUUUUUUUGUUACUAUACCAUUUUAUAUUUGCCCAAAAGUGGUACGUUCCAUAACAAACAUUUCUAAGAAUGUAUUUGUUACCUUGUUAUAAUAUUCAGGGUUAACCCUAACACACAAAAAAGGGUUAGGGUAAGUAAAACACUGAAGCAUCACUGAAAUAUUGCAGUAGCCCUACAAGAAAAUAAAAGUAUGAGACAACUCAACAAAAAAUAAAAUAAAUAGUGCUGUCAGUUAAACGCGUUAUUAACAGCGUUAACGCAAACCAAUUUUAACAGCGUUAAUUUUUUUAUCACGCGAUUAACGCAAAUUAUUAUUAUUAUUAUUUAUUUUUUUCUUUGGCUCAAAACGAAGAAGCAGUAGCCUGACUGCUAUGUUCAAGGCAGUAUGUUAGUAGGUUCAUCGUUUAAUUGCACCAUAGGCUUUUUUUUUGUAUCGUCCUGUUUUGAUCAGUAUAUGCCAAUGUUGUUAUCGAUAAAAAAACAUUUGCACAAGGCAAGCCGAUGCACUUCUCCAUGUUGAUAAGAGCAUGAAAAUGAGAAUAAUUAAUGGGACAAAGAAAUCAAGGGAUAUUUAGCAUAGAAAAAAGAUUUGCGUUUAAUCGUAAGUUAACUAUGACAUUAAAUAUUUUAAUCGCUUGACAGCACUAAAAAUAAACAAAACUAGAUAUUUGACAUUCUCUUAAAGGGAAACUUCACCCAUUUCCAUUAAGCUUUGUGUCGUAGAAACCCACUCAUAUUUUUAAAUGGUUGUGCAUCAUUCCCUUAUUUUCCCCAGAGACCGCAGAGAUCCGUAUCGAUCUCCAAUACUUCCUGCUUUAAAUGACGCACUAUGACGAUUUUUGCGUCAUUUAAAGCAGGAAGUGUAAGAGGGGAGGAUUCUCGUAAGACUACAAGCACCCCACUGACGCUACAGACCUGUUAAAUCAGUGCCAGUGGGUGGGACUUCACCAGCAGAAACUAACACAGCAUCUGAAACUAACACAGCAUCUGAAGCUAAGCUAAUGGUCGCUGUGGAGAAAACUGAAUUAACGACAACGGCGGAAGGUACUGGAUCUGAUAUAGAGGUUGGGGAUUUUGAAGAUCUGAUGCUCGAAUCAGAUGUUUGUGGCUACCUUUACGAGCCACAAUAUAGCGACGAGCAGCUGAAGCUGUUAGAGGAACAGGAUGCGGCUUCUACGGCUGCUAUAGCCGAGGCAGUUCCUGCCUGUUGCGGACGAGGAGCCCGGAAUGGCUCGAGCUGGGGCGGAUUGGUGGUGCCUGUGCUCUCACUGUGCGCCUAUGGAUACAGAGGUAGAGUCUGUCUGCUGCAGAGAAUUUCAAAGAUGUCGAUUUCUCCUGGACGAAAUCUGAAUCAGACGAGGACACGGACGUACGUGUUGUGGAGCAUCCUAGUUUCGCACUGCAUAUGGACAGCGGCGUCCUGGAGACCUAUUUCCGAAUCCCAAAGGUGAACUCGAAACAUCAGCCAAAGCCUGCAGGGACGAACGGACGUCUGACUGUAAAGUAGG